GAACCAGUUGGAACGAAACCUAGGAGACGUAGAGAAGUGAUUUUGAAGAUAAAAGAAAAGCACUAAGAUGUCUUGUUCAUUAACAAAACUUGCAUACCAUAUGUUUUAUUUUAUUUUCCAUCUACGUAGAGGAUAAGAGGAAGGCGGCCAGCUAGACAUCACAAAUUGAUUAUCUGUGUUGUUAAUAAUUAACGAGGUCUGGACAAAAGAAGUGUAUUGUUAUUACUUGUAGCUAUGAAAUAGCUCUGAUGGUAGUUAACUUCCUCAAAUCAUUCGCUGGCAACGGAGAUAUAACAUAAGAGUGUUAAUAUGUUUUCUCUUCUACAAUAUAUACAGCCUUUCUUAUAACUCCAAUUCAGAUGGCAGCAAUAGAGACAUUAGAUUUGAAUAUUAUUGAUAUGAAGUAAUCUCUAGUUACAAAUGGCUACAAAGAAGAUCAAUUAUAUUUCUUUAGAGACAGGGAAGGUCAUUGCAAUUCUGCAUAACAGUUAAUGAUCAAUUCAUGUUUAAAGCAUCUGUAGAUUAUCGUUAUACUGACUUUUUCCCACUGUUUUCGUUAAUUUCCAAGGUUAUAAUCAGGUUUUCGUUUGAGAAGUUAUAAUCAACUGGGAUGAUGAGACGUCACUUUUAUGCAAGAGGUUAAAGAAUGCAUGUCAUUAUAAGCAGGAUACAAAGACGACGAUUGACGAUCACAUAUAAAGUUCUUUUGUAGUGAAGAAACUCUUUUUAAAGAAGAACAGGCUGGAAAGGAUAGACAAGCAGGAAAAUGCAUCGAGAUUUCAGCUGGAUAACAAUUGUUCAAACGAUUGCUUUUAUCAGCCUUUCUGUGAUGGCAAUUUGUGGAAAUAUUCUCGUGUUAUAUUGCACUUCACGAAUAAAAAGAAUGCAGACAGUUACAGGGAUAUUUCUUAUGAAUCUUGCAGUCACCGAUCUUGGCGUAGGGCUGAUAAGCCUGCCAGUUUCACUUGUAUCUGCGCAUAACCAUACGCUUCUGUCCAAUAAAUGGUUCUGCGACCUGAACGGAGCCAGCAUGGUGAUAUUCUUACUAUCAUCGCUUCUUACUCUAACAUGCAUCAGUGUUCAGAAGCACAUGUGUGUCAGCUACAACAUGCGAUCACGGUUUGACAAGAAAGUUGCAAUACGCUGCAUAAUUGCCUUAUGGUUUAUUUCAGUUGGUUUUGGUCUGGCGCCUGUAGUAGGAUGGAGCUACUAUGCAACAAGCAAAGAUGGUUACCAGUGCGGACCUUUUGCUUGGGAAAUUUCCGGAAGAACCUACAGUGCUUCAAUUUUUAUAGUUGGCCUUGUAAUUCCUGUCAGUGUUAUGAGUUAUUGCUACGUAAGAUUGUAUAAGACGACAAGACAGCAUAACACAAGAAUGAGGGUAAGUGCAGUCACGUCCUCACCUAAAGUUUCAGUGCGCCAGCAAAGCGACAGUAGACGCACGAGUCGACAAGAAACACGGAUGAUCAAUACGUUUAUCAUAAUUGGGAUAGUCUUCCUGCUUUGUUGGUUGCCUUCAGGAAUACUAGUAAUGUUAGAGUUUGCAAAAGUCGAAGAGCCGCUCGAGUAUGAAGUGUUUGCAUUAACGUUGGCAUACGGAAACUCCACUUUGAAUCCAAUCAUAUACGCUUAUCGGCAUCAAGAUUUCCGCAGAGGGUUCAAGAACGUUUUGAAGAUGUGCAUACCAAAAUUCUGUAGAAGAGAAGAUGAUGAAGCACGUGGAGUAGAGAUGCAAGUCAAUGCAGCUACAAUCAAGCAAGGCACAUCAUCAACUUCUCUGUGAAGCAAUAGUAAUGGGUCUGGUGGGAAUUCAGUUGACAGGAUCUCAACAAAAAUGGUGAAUUCAUCGCUGGUCCGUCUUGGAAUACAUUUAGAAUUUGCCGAUAGAGUAUAUCGUUUUCUGAUGACGAUAUCUAAACAAUGCUUAAUAAUCGACUAUGCACAAGAUCGUGAUCAGCCGUUGUGGCAAUGGCAAAUGUUGACAUUCCAGUAUCUUCAGUCUGAUGCUGUCAUUAUUGAAACCUCGUUCCCAUUUUUUCUGCUGAAGAUGACAAAUUUUCUCAACGAUACCCUAAAUACCACUCUAAGUCCAACAACGACACUGACACCAAAAGCAAACCACGAGCAUCAAGAGCAUCACGAUGCACUUUGGUUUUUCUGGCUACAGAUUGUUCUUCUUAGUUUAUUUAUGGUAGUCGUAAUUAUUGGCAAUUUUAUGACAUUGUAUUGUCUAACUACGAUCAAGGAAAUGCGGACCAUCACUGGGAUUUUUCUCACAAACCUGGCGAUAACUGAUCUUGGUGUAGGCUUUAUUGCACUACCGCUAUCACUAGCUGCGAGUGUAGAGCACUUUCUGCUGCACAAAAGAUGGUUCUGCAUUCUCAAUGGAGUUGGACUUGUUCUGUUUGUUGUUGCAUCGCUUCUUACACUUGCUGCAAUUAGUAUUCAGAAGUAUGCAACUGUUGGAUACAGAUUGCAGAGUACCUUUACGAGACGGAAAGCUUAUUGUACAGUAUUGCUGAUUUGGAUUGUCGCGUCAGUGUUUGCGGUAGGACCUGCAGCAGGAUGGAGUCGCUAUUCGUUUAGUACAGGUGGUCACCAAUGCGCCCCUUACCUCGAUAAUGCUUCUGGUGAUUCAUACUUUUUAGCUCUGAUUGCAAUUGCUAUCGUGUUUCCUACAAUUACAAUGACAUUCUGCUACUUCAAACUCUACCAAAUGACACGGUCCCAUCUCCGUCGCAUGAGAGCAAGCGCAAUUGUGCAAGGAGCUAGUCGACCAGAUUUGGGCCUCCUUAGUGCUGUUGAAUCCCGUCUUGUACAUACAUUGAUCAUCAUGAUGGUCGCAUUCUUCUUCUGUUGGCUCCCCGUUAUCUUACUCUUUGUUUUGAAAGUUUCUAAUGUUGAAACGCCACACAUAUUCGAGACACUUGUAUUGUUGUGUGCGUAUGGCAACUCGGCAGUGAACCCGAUAUUAUAUGCGAUGAGACAGCGUGAUUUUCAAAGAGGAUUUCGAAAGAUUUAUCACGCAAUUUGCAGAAGUUAUCAAAUAGAGCAGGAAACUAGUCAUUAG